UUUUGACACACCAUGGUUUUUAGACUCUAGAUCUACAGUAGAUCGUUCUGCUCAAUCCUUUCCAGGGUUUUAAAAGACAGCGUGGUGUACAGGAAGUGACCCCCCCCAGGCAGGACCUCUUGUCACAAUUACAGCAGGUAAGUGCAAUUCAUCCAAUGAAAGGGUUUACUUAAUGAGCAUCUAAUAGUGCAGGUACAGGGCAGAGCACAGGAGGAGGGCUGUGGAGAUCCUGGUCAGACCCCCAGUCUUGCUGCUGAAUUAAACAAGUGCUGGAUAUGGACUGAACUGAGUCACUUCCCCCUUUACACUUUAUAUUCCCGGCAAGCUGUGUUGAAAGAGGUAAAAACACACUGCAGAGGAAGUGUGGCAAUUCAGAUUGGUUAUUCGGAAUAACAAUAACAAGCAAACAUGUAGAGAACACAAAUAAACACAAGCUGGGCAAGGACUCCGCAGAAAAUCAUUUGAAGACCCAAAACGUCUUUGUCAGCUUAAAUGUCACCUGGAUACACUCUUUAAAACCGUGGUGGCUUCGUGAAGGUGAUCCAGACGGUGUCACGAUGGGGGACUCCCUGAAUAAUGACCAAGCAGGCCUGUCCGCGACUGUGUCCAGCUGUGUGAGCAGACUGUCACUGGAGGAGAAACAAGCUGAAGCAGCAUCCGCUUCACCACAGCGCCAGCACUGGACUGCUCUAGAUGGUGAUGUAAGCCCAAGCUCCAGCUCUUCGAUGACGACUAAAGAACUGCAGGAGUACUGGAGGGCUGUGAAGAGCCAGCGCAAGCCGGUCAAACUGCUGUUUGAAAUCCCCUCAACCAGGACCGUGGAGCAUUACCCAUCCAGAUACGUGGUGUACAAGAUUGUGAUCAUAAAGUCUGGCAGCUACGACGACAAGAAGGUCUCCAUCGAGCGGCGCUACACAGACUUCGAACGGCUCCACCAGAACCUCCUGAAGGACUUCAGCGAGGAGUUGGAGGAUCUCCUCUUCCCCAGGAAGAGAAUGACGUGCAACUUCACCCAGGAGAACAUUAACGAGCGGCGCAUGGCCUUCCAGGAGUACCUGGGAACCCUGUACGGCAUGAAGUGCAUCCGCAGGUCGGAGGCCUUCAUGGCUUUCUUCACCCACCCGGAGCUGAAACAGGCCCACGGCUGCCUAAGAGGAGGACAGUAUGCCAAAGCCCUGGGGUUGCUUGAGCAGAUCAACGUCCUGCAAGAGAAGCUCACUCAGCACAGCCCAGCCCUGCGGGUCCCGACUCUCUGCGCCCUUCUCGUCUGCCACAAGGACCUGGAGGACAUCACAAGCGCCUGCCAGGUCGGAGAAGAGGCUCUCUCGCUGCUCGCCCGCAACAAGAGGCACCGCUACAAGUGCGCCCUGCUGGACACGCUGGUGGAUCUGGGUUAUGAGCUGGGCCAUGACGUCACCCACCUGCAGGAUGAGUUGAGCGAGAUCAAGGAGGCUCAGAAAAUGCAAACAGCUCAGCUAUCGCUAAAGGAACUGGUGGUGCAGGAGUUCGUUGACUAGACGUGUUUCCAUCUGCAGCCCUUCAGAUCCUGUGAACAGGAAACAGCAAGAGGAUCACUCAGCUUCCCUGAUAUGGAGUCUGUGGAGAAAAUAUCAUGAACUCAAAAGCUGGCCUUAAUAAGCGUGCAGUUGCCACUAGAUGGUGGUGUUUAAUAGACUUUAUGACAGUAUGGCAAGUGAAAAUAGAAUAGACUAAAGUCAGCAAGCAGCUUUAUUGAGAGCACGUCAUUCAUAUGACUUGUACUGGGAAGGCCAAAGCGUGAAGCAUCUUGAAAAGGAAAUAAAUGUGAGCAUCUUUCAUAAAGAGAAAUCUACAAUCAAUAUAUCAACAAUAAAUACUAUAUCCUUUGUUGUUUGGUCUGAGUGGUAGCUGCUUUGUAAAAAAAAACAAAAAAAAAACAUGUAAUCCCUUUUAGGACCUUGCUUUCUUUGUCUUUAUGUGCCUGCAUCGUUCUUAGACAUGUUAUAUUUUUAAUGAAGACAUUUCUCCAAUUAAAUAUGUUUUGUCCACAUGAGAUUUUAUUCAUGCAUUUUUUUUUUCUUUUUUAUAAUGGAAAGCUGCUAAAAACUAGAACUCAUUGCAAGAUAUUGUUUUACGUUUGUUCUGCUUCUUGUUUGUGUUGCAGUUUUUAUGAUUGUUUUUGUCCUGUUUGAAUGAUUUAUUGAUUUUCUUGCUGCCUUCUCUUGCCAGGACCCCCUUGAUAUGAGAUGAAUAUCUGAAGGGUU